GUGUUCUGGUACUAGGCGCAAAACAACAUGGAUUCUCAUGGCCGAUCAAAUGUUGUAGUAUCAUUUCUUGUAAUCCUGUUUUUAGCUGGGAAUCUGUCACAAGUGGCAGUGGCUUCUGAAGAAAAAGUGGAGUUGACUUUAUAUUAUGAAGCACUGUGUCCAUACUGUGAGAAUUUCAUAGUCAACUAUUUGUAUAAAAUAUUUGAGAAUGGAUUGAUAUCUAUUGUUGAUCUUAAACUUAGUCCUUAUGGAAAUGCUAAGAUCAAUUCCAAUGGUACCAUUGUUUGUCAGCAUGGUGAAUGGGAAUGUGUGCUUAAUACCGUAGAGGCCUGCGCAAUUCAUGCCUGGCCGGUUGUGAGUGACCACUUCCCUUUUGUCUAUUGUGUGGAAAAGUUAACUUAUGAAGGGAAGUAUGCUGAGUGGGAAACUUGUUUUCAGAAAUUAAAUUUGGACGCAAAACCUGUCACAGAUUGCAUCACUAAUGGGUUUGGUCACGAGCUUGAACUACAAUAUGCUGCUGAGAUAAAAGUUCUUGAACCUCCUCAUACUUAUGUGCCGUGGGUCACAGUGGAUGGGCAACCACUCUAUGAUGAUUACACAGAGUUCACAAGCUUCAUCUGUGAUGCUUAUAAAGGCUCUAACGUGCCCCAAGUUUGCCUCGAUUUAUCCUACCCCAUUACGGCUCCUAAGAACACUGUGAAACCUUUGAACAAUAUCUGCUACAAAGAAGGCAAUGAAAAGUCAAAGUCAACCCUUAUGGAAAUGCUCUCAGCAACAGCAGCUUCUUGGAUGCACCGUGUUGGCAUGGCAGAGUCAAUGUAAGAUUAGUAUAAUACUAUGUCCGCUAAACCCGUUCUUACUAGUAACUUGUUUUAAAGUGGCUUGCCGUUAACAAUAUGUUAUAGAUGGACAUUGUUAUGAACUUAUGAUACUGAUACCACUUGUAAUAUUGCACCAAUGCGGGAUAAACGGUAUAAGCUUAUAUUA